AUGGAGCCAAAUGACGGGUUCAACAAAGGCAACUACCUCAGGGUACCACCACUGCUCGUGAACGCGUCUGGCCUUGAGGCUUAUCUUUCCAGACUUAGCAUUCAAUUAAAUAAUGAUAUUAUCUCCUUACGGAAGCGGAUGGAAGAGUGCAAUCUCAGGGUAACUGACUCCAGCGACACCGUCCGCAGGGUAAAGCGUUUUCUUCUUGUAAAUGCAAAGCGGGGCAUGGAAGAGUGCCUUUUUGGGACGUUAGAUGAUGGGAACGACGCUGAAAUAGACCACUAUUUGAAUGAAAUCAUCCCCAGUGAUACCAAGGGUGUUGAUGAGGGAGCAUCGGAAUCGGAAGUGAUUGCUGCCAUGUUAGGUGUAGCGACCAAACUUGUUAGGGAUAACGGCAAGCUAAAGGCUGCGCUGACUGAAAAUACGAACGCAACGCACUCCUUCAUAAAGAUUCAGGAGGAUAUGCUGCGACAGAUGCAGGAGAUAAGGGAGCAGAUGGAGCAGCAUAAACGCAAUUUUGAUGGGCUCUCCAUAUGGCUAGGGACGUACGACCCAGGUGAACAGAUCACCCGUCUCCCUCCUAGCGAGCUCAGCGCGCGGCCGGCAAACCCUGAGGUGGGGUGCUCGGAUUACUUUCAUCCUGCUUUUUCUCCCGCGCUCGAGAAAGAGGUGGAUACGAUUUUCUCUCGCUCCCCUCUUUUGCUCGCACUUCGGCGUAUCGUGACACGUGAGCUGAGCAAGCGUAUGGCGCACUUCUCGGAUAUGAACGCGAAAGACGUGGAGGGAGCGAUGGAGAAGGUGAAGUCCGAGUUGGCGACCUACCCUUUGCCUCCAUCCCUGGCUGGAUCGUUCAAAUCCCAGGAAGCUCAGCAACUUGCCCUGAUGUUUAACAAUUGCGACCAACGUCUCAAGGAUAUCGAGAACCUCACUCGACACGAUAGGGUUGCGGGGGGAACCUUGAAGCCUACUAGGUAUUCAGGCGCUUUUUCAUCUCUCACAUCAAACCCGUCCAGUCUGGUGCAAAUGGAAGCACGGGAAUACAUCAACAAUCGGUACGCCGAGCUCGAGGAGCGUUUGGUGUAUUUAGAAUCGGAAAGGGAGGAGUUUCGUAACAUGUUACGCACCCUAUUGGAAUGGAAUCAGCGUCAACAAGCGAUCCCAGCCCAUUUAAUGGAGCAGCUUCAGCUCUACGCGGCGACGGCUCCUCAGCGGAAAGCCCUGCGAUCCCGCGCGCAACUAAUUGAUCUGCAGGAGGAUCCGAACGUGGUAGGGGUCUUGGGGAAUCGCGGGAUGGGAAAGGUUGAGGGGAGGCGAAUAUUCCCCACCGAGGAGAUGAUGUCGGCGAGGGCAGGGUCUACCGGCACGGGGCCUUCCCGGUUGGCCAUCGAGGCUAAUCUGGAUACCCACAAAAGCAGCGCCGCUCCUCACAUCGGUGAUCUGAGGACGGAAGAGUGUGCUGCAUCUUUGACGGGAUCCCAAACCACCUACGCACGUUAUAUCAGCGACGUUUUUAACCGAAGAGAUGUGAACAAACUUCCCCCUUUGCCGUAUGAAUCACUUCUCAAGAAGUAA